AUGGCGACCACAGCUACGAAUCCCGCCUCUGUCAAGGUGGACAGCCCUUUCAAGAUCGAGAACCCAGGUGGCGACUGGCGCGACCAGCUCGAAGCCAAGGGCUACUGCGUCGUUAAAGGGGCCAUUCCACCAGAGAAGGCCCGCUAUUAUCAGCAGAAGGCUUUCGAAUGGCUUAAGUCUUUCGACGAGUCUCUCGACAUUGAAGAGCCUUCAACUUGGAAAGACGCCAAGUUUCCCGUCCAGACGGACAAGAACACCUACGAAAACUACAGCGUCGUCCAUGAACGCUUCAUGUGGGAGGCCCGCCAGGAGCCGGGCGUUCUCGACGCAUUUGCCAAGGUCUGGGGGACUGACAAACUGAUCGUCUCAUUCGACUCGCUCAAUAUCACUCUGCCGAAUCUCAAGGAGGCACGCGCCCCCUGGCCCCACGUCGAUCAAGCACCGCGCAAGCGUGGGCUGCACUGCAUCCAGGGAAUAAUCAACUUGAGCCACGCGGGUCCAGAAGACGGUUCUCUAUGUGUCAUGGACGGAUCUGCUGCGCUUGUGGAGGAGUUCUUCGACAAAGAGACAGACCCGGCAACAUGGGAGUGGAGGGACAAUCGCUACUUCGACGACAAGGAUAUGGAAUGGUUCAAGGCACGGGGGGUGCGUCCCGUCAAGGUUGAGGCUGAGCCUGGGGACCUUAUUCUUUGGGACUCGAGGUGCAUUCACUGGGGCGGGGAACCAACAAAGAAGAGCGAUGUAGUUCGGACUGUCAUCUACGCGGCGUAUGCGCCUGCUGAGUUGGCAUCAAAAGAGGCCCUCGAGGAGAAGAGCAAGGUUUUCCAAGUGAACGGGGCGACAACCCACUGGCCUCACGACAACAUCAAACUCAGAGACAUGCAGGCGCGCCUGUCUGAUGGUACCGUCGACCCUCGAAACCGCUCGGAACCUUUGGAGAAGCCUAUCCUGAGUGAUCAACUGCUCAGACUGGCCGGUGUAAAAGCGUACUAG